GACAACACCAACUAUUCAAACUAAUUUAUCCCUGCCUUGAAUUCCUAAAGAGAAUUUCGGUAAAAUAAAAUUUACUAUACGAACACAAACACGCGACUGCACGUAAGCUUAUGCGUGUAAAUUCGCUAUUCCUCACACAAGCGGUUCCUCAACCUCAAAUUAUUCACAAACUUAUAACAGAGGGGUAACGAGUCAAUUUGCUGAUGAAAGGGGUAAGACCUUUCGCUGGCAAUUAUGCUCAUAACUAGAGUGACCACGUGAUUCUCGUCUAUAUCGUCCCGUCCUCAAACUUGUCACUCUGCUCAUAACUGCUCAUGACCCUCAUUACACUGCAACUGCACGUACGAAACAAUGAUGUGCAAAGUGGGUGUACAAUGUUAAUGGACAUGGUCAGAUAUGGUUUAAUUAUUUAGAUCAUGAUCAUGAGAGCCAGUGAUUUUAAUCAUGAUAGAUUGUAAUUAUGAGAAACAAUUGACUACAUGUUUCAUGAUUUUAUAUUGUAAAUAAAUUUGAUCUACGAUUUGAACUCUCACAAAAAUAUAUAAUUCAAUCAAAGAUGUGCCCAGCACUUUUAGAAAAUGAAGAGAGACGUUUUGGUGGAAUGACAUUUUUUGCACAAAGCCAUCCAGUUGAAGUUUGUGGAAGCAAUGGUUUACCUCUUACACCAAAUUCGAUAACCAUCUAUGGAAAAUCUCAGUUCUUGAAAACUAUUCACCAUCCAAAUUUAUCUACGUAUCUCGAUAUAAUAAGAAGCAAACAUGAGAGAAUAGUAGUUGUUACAGAGUAUAAUGGAGAUCCACUGAAGAGUAAAGAGAAUUUAAACACAGACUAUAUCAUAAAAAUUGCAUUUCAAUGUCUGUUAGGCUUACAAUAUAUGAAUGAGCUGGAUUUAGUGCAUAGACACCUUAGUCCUGAAAAUAUAUUAAUUAGCAAAUGUGAAAACGUGCAAUUAUAUAAUUUUGGUUUAUAUUACAUGACAGAUUGCGGUAAAAAUGUUUCUUUUCCUAUUGGUUACCCGAAAUACACGGCACCAGAGGUAUUUCUUAGUCCCGGCGUCAGUAGCCCGAAAGUCGAUUCUUGGUCUUUGGGCAUGAUCAUUGCAGAAUUAUUAUUAGAGAAGCCGAUAUGGCCAGGUAUUAAAUUGUCUCAAUGUUUAAGGAAGGUUCUCAGUCUGAUACACUGCGAAACCUCUGUAUUCGAACGCCUUGCGAGAGAAACUAAUUGCUACAACACUUACAAGAAUUUGCCAGAUAGAGUGAAAGAUUUCGUAGACUGUUGCCUUCAGAUUCAUCCAUCGAAACGCAAGAUACCCAGAGAGUUAUUAAAAUUACCGAUAUUCGAAGAAUAUUUGAUAAAGACUCAGAAAGAGAAAGAAGAAAGUACGUACGAGAAUGUCACUACUAGAAAAAUGGACGAAUUGUAUUAUUUAUGGCAAUUGGCUGGCGGAGAUAUUACGGUGGAGUUGAAGAAACAAGGACUCAUCAGAUCGAGACCGCCCAUUUUAUCUGUCCCAAACUUAGUGAUACUUUUAGGUCAGAUGUUUGGCAGAAGAGACACGGCCGGUUUAUUAGAUCUACGAGUGGUUAAAGUUCCGCUCGAUACACUGCAUCAACGUUUGUCUCAUAUUCCAUACACAGCGAAUUAUUCUUAUCUAACGAAUCAAAUGCGUGUUAAGUCCCAAGAAGAUUUAAUUGAUGCCGCCUCCCAGUUACCUCUAAUUAUAAGAGAGAGGGAUACGGAAUACCAAUUUUAUAGAAUUGUUUUGUACGAUAGAUUGCUUCAGGUGUAUCCAAUUACUCGCGAGGCAAUCAUUGAAGAGGCGCAUAAAGAUAUACCUCCGCCGGUUAGGGGAGCUGUUUGGGCAGCGUUACUCGGUAUUACUGGUGACAUCCAGAAACGCUACGACAUGAUCGAUAAAGAAACGCCCACUCACACUGAUCGACAAAUAGAGGUGGACAUUCCAAGAUGCCAUCAGUAUAGUGAAUUAUUGUCGUCUGGUGCUGGUCAUGAAAGAUUACAAAGAUUGUUGAAGGCGUGGGUUCGAAACAAUCCUCAUUAUGUUUAUUGGCAAGGAUUGGAUUCUUUGACGGCUCCGUUCCUUUAUCUAAAUUUUAAUAACGAAGCUAGGGCAUUCGAAUGUCUCUCUGCGUUUAUACCGAAGUAUCUACAUAAAUUCUUUCUGAAAGACAAUUCCGCUGUCAUACAAGAAUAUCUAGGAAAAUUUUCACAAAUCAUUGCUUUUCAUGAUCCUCAAUUGGCUAAUCAUCUUAGGUCGAUUAAUUUUGUACCAGAAUUGUUUGCUAUUCCAUGGUUUUUAACAAUGUUCUCACACGUAUUUCCACUUCAUAAGAUACUUCAUUUAUGGGAUAAGUUGCUGUUAGGAGAUUCCUCAUUUCCGCUUCUAGUCGGAUUGGCGAUAUUAAAACAGUUACGCGAUUCUUUGUUGACUUCGGGAUUCAACGAGUGUAUACUCUUAUUUUCUGACCUUCCCGAAAUAGAUAUAGAACUGUGUGUCAAAGACUCCAUGACGAUGUAUCAGAAUACACCAGCCAGUAUUACGUAUAGGAAACAUCAGUUCAAUCAGCCGAAGGAUAUGAAUUGGUCAGACCCGGAACCGGGUACUGAGAAGAUGCCUAGAAUUAGCGUCGAUGAUUUCUUAGACCUAUUAGAUCAUAGCCCUGAAAGAUUAAUAGCCGUUGAUGUGCGCAACAAUAUACAAUUUGAAAGGGGAGCUGUAGUUGGCAGUAUUAACAUUCCGUUUUCGAGCGUGCAACUCUCUCAAACUCAUAUCGAUACUCUAGGACCACACGCAAAACCGCUUGUGGAAAAUAAAAAUAGCGUCGUUGUGAUUAUCGGACCGCAUGAUCAAAAUAAUGCGCUGUUUGCAGAUUUUCUGGUGAAAUGCGGAGUUAUAGGAGUAUGCUCUUUGCAAGGAGGAAUUUCCACCUUGCGAAUGAAAUCUCCAAACGUUAUUGUAGCAGCGCGUUAAAAAUAUUAUGAAUUUUAAAUUAUAUAUAAUUUGUAUAUACUAAUUUUA